GGCGCGUGCAGAAGGUGACGCCAAUUAUGGGUCGUCCAAAGGUUAGACAGUCUCAUUUCAGUUCUCUUCGCGAACUUCUGAGGCUGCCACCUUGAAAGACCGAGUGCUCAUCUUUAAGGUCCCAUGCUUAUAAGGUCACAGCCCUUGAAUUGGGACACAGCUUUUGGCUCCAUUGUCAAUGAAGCCUGUCUUCUUUUUCACUUUUAAUGGCGGUUGGCAUCUAGCUUAGGUGCAUUAGCGCCCCCUCUGCUCCAGAGGGUGGAUCUACUACACUCUUUCCCUUACUCCUGGGGCCUUAUUUAUAAAGCAUGCGUACGCACAGAUUUGAUCGUAAAAUGUGCGUACGCAAAAAUCCAUGGCAAAGUCCAUAUUUAUAAAAAUUGUCUUUGACGUGGAAAUGUGCUUAGCGCCACAUCAGGGUCUGAGCAGACGUAUGCACUUUUGCUUGUCCGAUUGCUGCAGGUUUUUGGAAAAUAAGCAAUUUUUGCUUUUUGAAUUUGGGUUUAAACAUUAACAAGAGCUCUCUCUUUUAUAUGUCUGACAUUAAUUACGCAUCGUUUAAAGGCGGAGAUCUGAAACUGCUCGGCUGUGCGCACAAGUUCAAGUUCAUUUGCGAUUUAUAGAUUUGAAAGGGGUACGCGCGUUUUCUGUACGUACGUUCUGUUUAUGAAUCACACGUACGCAUUUUUGUUAAAUGAUCGUAAGAUCAAAUGUAGGAUGGUUUUUACUCAGCAUUUUAUAAAUGAGGCCCCUGGUCUCAUCAAUUUCUAUUUUUGCCAUAAAAUAUUUCACUGCCAUUGUUUUGUCUCAAGAUGCACACCAGUAAUGUAUUUUGUAAGUUAUAUUAAAAAAAAUCCUUCUUAAAUGUCCUAAUAUAAAUAAGACCUUGUCCUGGAUUAAUCUAAAUUCUAUCUGGGUAACCACACCUAAUAUUUUAACAUUGUUGUUACAUAAAACCAUUUGUUUAUUUUAUGCACAUUAUACAUUAUUUGAACCAAUUAUUAUUGAGAGAGACGCAAGAGAGUGGCAACACUGUUCGGAGCUCCGUCGAGUUCAUCAUCUAAAUCUUAUUUUCUUACUAUCUUGUUUCUAUCUAUAUAAUAUAACUUACUUACUAGUUCAUCUUAGGAAUACUUUACCGUGACGAUUAUUCAACAGUAUCAAUAAGUGAAACGAUUUAUCACUGGUAAACACCCAGUAUUAGCAUAUAGCCCGCUAGCAUCAACAAACGGGACAACGCUGCUCCGUGCAUUGAAGCUCCGUCGAGUUCAUCUUCUAAAUCCUAUUUUCUUACUAUCUUGUUCCUAUCUAUAUAAUAUAACGUACAAGUUUAUCUUAGGAAUACUUUACCGUGACGAUUAUUGAACAGUAUUAAUAAGUAAAACGAUCCAUCACUAGUAAACACCUAGUGUUAGCAUAUAGCCUGCUAGCAUCAACAAACGUGCCGGCUGAAGUUAGCACUUGCUCACUGUCUGUUUACUGUAAAUCUGCCUUCCUUUUCGAUCUAAUGGCGGACUCAUCCGAUGUAUGUUUUUUCAGACCUUUCCUCACCAGAACGGAAAGCUGUGGAGGAGUUGUGGCCCAGCAUUCGCACCAGGCGGUACAGCGUGCCUCACAUCACCCUGGCUCCAGACACCCGGAGACGACCGAGGCAUGCAACGAGCGAGCACCCAUCUUGAUGCAGCUUCACGGACCGCGUUCGGGCGAACAGAGACGCCAUCGCCCAGCAUGAAAAUGGUAAGACUCCGCUUGUCAUUGUAACCUGCACUACUUGCCACAUGUACAGUUUAGCUUCUUCCGUCAGCAUAGAGGGGUUUACAUGUGCUAAGUGUAUUGAAGUAGUAAGGCUGACGGAGAAUGUUGCAGAACUAGAAGCCCGCAUCCGAACGCUAGUUGAGGACAGUAAGACCGCUAAUGUUAAUGUUACAAACACUGUUUCGGGUGCGCCUAGUGUUAAGCGUAAUACACAUGGCUCGGUUCCGACUUCAAAGUCAAGGCGGCUGACUAACUGGGUGACUGUCAGGCGGCAUAGUCACAUUCGGCACCCAAAUCACGUUCCUGUUUUAAUAUCAAACAGAUUUUCUCCACUCAGCAAUACACCGGCUGAGACGUCUGUUAAAGGUGCCCUGGUUAUUGGAGAUUCUAUACUCAGGAACGUUUGCAUUGAGGCACCAGCCACCAUAGUCGAUUGUAUACCGGGAGCCAGAGCGUCUGACAUUAGAUCCAAACUUAAAGUGCUGGCUAAUGCUAAACGUAAGUUUUCUAAGAUUGUUAUUCACGCUGGCACGAAUGACACCAGACUCCGCCAGUCGGAGAUCACCAAAGAUACUAUUAAAGAGGUGUGUGAAAUUGCAAAAACAAUGUCAGACAAUGUAAUUUGCUCUGGUCCCCUCCCCGCCUACCGGGGGGAUGAAACUUACAGUAGAUUAGUGUCUCUUCAUGGCUGGAUGUCAAAGUGGUGCCCUCAGCAUAACGUAGGGUUUAUAGACAAUUGGAAGCAUUUCCGGGGAAGACCUGACCUGCUAAAGAGAGAUGCCCUCCAUCCUUCUCCAGAAGGAAGUGCUAUACUCUCUAGAAAUCUGACCAAUAGUCUUACUUUUGAUAUUGUCUGACUAUCCAGGGCCCAGGUCAGGAAACAGACAGAUCGGCUUACCCAUCAGUCUGUUAGCUGCCUUGACAUGUCAAGAUCACAUAUAUCCCAGCACAUAGAGCCUUUUUUUACCAGAGUACCAACACAUCUCGACUGUGUCUGUUCCUCGAACAAAUAAAUACAGAGCACCGUUUACCUCGUCUCGUACAAAUCUUAUAAACAUAAAAU